AUGACUGCAGCUGAGCAGGUUGAUUUGUUCGUCACCACACCAAGUAAUAUCCCUGCACAAAAUUUUGAAGUUUAUGGAGUGGCACUUGCCCUUGUUGCCCAAGCUUUUGUGGGUAAAAAGCCUCAUCUCAUCCCAGAUGCUGAUAACCUAUUCGGACAACUUCAGCAGAUUAAGGUAACAAAUCAAGGGAGUCUUGUUCCUGUCUUUAGUUCCGUAGAAAACCGUGAGAGUGACUUUGCUUUGGAGAGGGGUCUUUGUUCACUGCUUGUAGGUGAGCUUGAUGAGUGUCGUAAAUGGUUGGGUUUAGACAGUGAUAACUCUCCUUACAGAAAUCCACCUAUUUUUGAUUUUAUCAUGGAAAAUUCGAAGGAUGAUGAUGACAAUGAUCUUCCUGGGCUUUGUAAAUUGUUGGAGACAUGGUUGAUGGAGGUGGUGUUUCCUAGAUUUAGGGACACUGAAGAUAUAGAAUUCAAGCUUGGAGAUUAUUAUGAUGAUCCCACUGUCUUGAGAUACUUAGAAAGGCAGGAGAGAGGUGGUCAUUCACCCUUGGCUGCGGCAGCAGCCAUAGUGGGAAUUGGUGCUGAGGCUACUGCUGUUAUUGAUCAUGUGAAGGCUAGUGCAAUUCAGGCAUUGCAGAAGGUGUUUCCUCUUGGCAACAAGGACACGGGUGCAGAAUUCCAUGAAAAUGAUGGGAUCAACUAUGUUCUUCCUGCUGUAGAAAUGGAAAAGCCCGUUGAAAGUCUUGGUCUAGAAAAUCCUGAAGAAUUAUUUUCUGAUGAAGUACCUGAAGAAGAAUCAAUUACUGAAAAAAUAAAAGAGGCCAGUAUGAAAAUCAUGUGUGCUGGUGUGGCUAUUGGACUGCUGACUGUAGUUGGCUUGAAGUUUUUUCCUGCUAGGACUAGCUCCUUCAUUCGGCAGAAAGAAAUUGGUUCAGCAAAGGCAUCAGGCAUCUCCAAUGUUGAGUCAACAUUAGAUGAAAAAAUUGCUGAGGAACUACCCAGAAUGGAUGCAAAGUUUGCUGAGAAUAUAGUUCGCAAGUGGCAAAACAUUAAAUCUCAGGCUUUUGGACCUGAUCGCUGUCUGGCAAAAUUGUCAGAGGUUUUGGAUAGCCAGAUGUUGAAAAUAUGGACAGAUCGUGCUGCUGAAAUUGCACAACUUGGUUGGGCAUAUGAAUAUACGCUGCUGGACCUGACUAUUGACAGUGUGACUGUAUCUCUAGAUGGACUACAUGCUGUAGUAGAAGCAACUCUCAAAGAGUCAACUCGCUUGACUGAUGAUGUCCAUCCAGAGAACAAUGCCUCAAAUGUCAAAACUUACACGACAAGAUAUGAGUUAUCACGCUUCAAUUCAGGAUGGAAAAUAACUGAAGGAGCAAUUAUGAUGUAA